AGAGUAAAUUUGCGCACAGCAAAGCGAAGUGAAAACCAAAAAGCUUUUAACUUUUGUGUUAAAUUCAAAAAAUUUAGAAUAUUAAUAUUUUUAUUUAAGUGUAAAGAAAUAUAUAAUAAAUUGAAAGAAAAAUGGCAAUUGUUCCACUACUGGCAAACUUGGCUCGUGAACUCGAUACCGAUUAUAGAGAUUUGGAGCACUACUGGGAUGAUGAUUUCGGUUUCGGUAUACAUCCAAUGGAAAUUUUCCGACCGACGCGUCAUGGCCAUUCGUUAAUGCUACAGCCACGUCGUCGCCAUUAUCCAUACGAUCGUGCACAAGUGUUGGCGCGUCGUGCCGCACGUUUGGGCAAGGAUACGGCUGAAUGUUCAUCGUUAAUACCCACUGUCGGCAAAGAUGGCUUCCAAGUGUGCAUGGAUGUAUCACAGUUUAAGCCCAACGAAUUGACCGUUAAAACCGUGGACAAGACGGUGAUUGUGGAGGGUAAACAUGAGGAACGUGAAGAUGACCAUGGCAUGAUACAGCGACAUUUCAUACGCAAAUAUACACUGCCGAAAGACUACGAUCCAAAAGAUGUAGUGUCAACAAUUUCAUCGGAUGGUGUACUAACAGUCAAAGCACCACCACCACCAAGUAAGGCUAUUAAAGCGAACGAACGCAUCGUACAGAUACAACAGACAGGGCCGGCUCAUUUGAGCGUAAAGGCACCGGAGGAAACAAACAGCGAUGGCAAGGCGAAAGAGAAUAACGAAAAGAAGUCUGGAAAAUGAGUGAAUGUAUAUGUAUGUGCAGAAGAAGUUGCGUUACAAAAGCACUAUAUAAAAAAUCAUACAAUUCAUUGUCAAGAUUUCUGGCCGUUGUAAUCCAUUUAGCAUAAGUCGACUGAAAGCUAUUCCACCACUUAAACAUUUAAUGUUUCAGUAUUUUUAUAAAAAAUUAAAGAUGAAUUCUUUGUAUUUUUUUCCUUUUGUAAUUUUACAAAGUUUUCGGUGACUACUGUGUAGUAAAUACUAUGAGAAGCACUCGUUUGUAACCGAUUUUGUCAAAUAAAUAUUUUGUACGUUUUAAGAAAUC